AUGGAAAGAAUCUUCUACAAUUCAAAUCUCCGAGAUCCGAUCACGAAUUACCCAAUAUAUAUUUUUGAUACCUCGUAUUUACCAUCUACAGAUUUAAUAAAUUAUGAUGAAUUCAUACCUACUUUAAUGAGAUACUUACCAACUAAACCUUAUGUACUAGUGAUGUUUUCUAGUGGACUAAAUAAGAUUAGUUGGGUAUGGGGUUUAAAAUUUAUUAAAAAUUUUAUGAAUAAUGUUACCAAUUUAAAUAAUUUAAUUAAGAUAUUUACCGUUCAUGAAUCUUGGUUUAUUAAGUCAAUAACAACUGCUAUUUACAAUUUCCAUUCUACCAAAAGAAAUAUAGAGCAAUUAAAUUAUUUUUUGGAUUCAUUAACUAUUGAGUCAAGACAACAGCCUAAAAAUUAUCAAACAAUUGUUAUCCCUUGCGGAAAUUUAAGUGAAUUAAGUAAAUAUUUAAACAUAACAAAUUUAAAAAUUUCACUAAAUAUCUACAAAUAUGAUUUACAAUUGGAAAAUGAAAUUAAUUUAAAAUUGAAAUUCAAUCCCAUUAUUAAUCCUCACGUCACAUUAAAUCCACUAAAUCAUCCUAUAUUAUAUCAUCACAUAUAUCAGUUGUUGAACAUCAUUAAUUUAAAUUGUUGCAAGACUGAAUUAAGUUUUCAUAAACCUGGCAAAAAGAUCAAUAUUGACAUUUUAUAUCAAUGUAUAACGAGAGAUCAAUUAAUUUCAAUAAAUGAUUGGGAUUUAUACUCAAUCUCGUCAACAUUCAAAAGAAUUCUUUCAGAGUUACCAUAUCCUUUAAUUCCGAUAAAUCAAAUACCACUACCUAUGAAAGAUGACUUUGAAUAUACUCAAUCCAUUUUCCAUUCAAUUCUCACAAAACAUAAACAAUUACAUCAAACUCAAAACUAUGACCAAUUACUAUUUCAAUUGUUUGGAUUAUUCAAUAAAUUGAUUACAAGUGAAGAUACGACAAAACAUAGCAUAACAUCCAUUACAAAGUGUACGAGUCAUUGUUUAUCACAAGAAGUUGUUUCCACCGAUAAAAGCUCCAUUCAAAUCAUACAAAGGUUUAUGAAGAACGUUUUACAACAUUGGGGUAAAUUAAGCAAGCUUUAUUCUUACAAAUCUAUUCAAGAUAUUGUACAUGGUGAAGCAAAAUCAACUCAAAAUGAAUUUGAACGAUCUUAUGACGUUAGCUAUGAAAUAACUUAUGAAGAAGGUAGUGACAGUAAUGAUGAAGAUACAAGACUUGCAUUUAACACAGAUAAUAUUCUCGACUCACAUUCAACUUUAAAAAUUGAUCCACAACUGAGCAAUCAUGACAAAUGUAAUGGCAGCAUUAAUCCAAAAUUACCACCAAGACCAUCAAGUGUAGAAGAAGACGAUGCACCACCACAAUUACCAAAUAGAAAUAAAGAUUAUGAGAAAUUACCUAAAACUCCAACACGUCCAAAGGAAUUAACGGUCAUACCAAAUCGGGACCCAUUUGAAGAAAAGAAAGAUCAAAUACCCCCAAAAAAUAAACAAGAAGAAGUACCCGUAACUAAAUCUACAGCAAAAACUCCAAAACAAUCAACCGAAAACAAAGAGAAUAUUCCUGAUGAAAAAACAGAGAUCAAAAUUUCAAUAGACCAAGAUAUCAAAAGACAUAAAGAAAAACCAUUAAAUAAUGUUUCAAAUUUACAAUUUUUACAAUAUCCACCUCAAAAAUAUCAUUUUACACCAACAAUAAAAAAUAAAAACUUAGUAACAGAAGAAGAAAACAUUGAUAAUAAAGUAAUCAAUAAUAAUGGGAAAAAACCAGUUAUUCGGGGAAGAAAAGUUGGUCAAUUAGCUAAAUUAUUUGAAGAAAGAAAUGAAGGAUUUAAUAUCUUAAAUUCUUUAUAA